AAUUUCGAACCCAACCACCUCCAGCAUGUCUCAAUCGUUGAUCGUGUUUUCUCCCUCGGGCGACAUCCACUACCAAUUCAACAACAAGGUGAUCCCCUUCAAUGACUUGAUCGCCAGCCUCGUCAACCAGACGGCCACAGAGGUCGAUACCAACUUCUUCACCUGUUCUGCCAACCAAAAGCGAUUUUAUUGCUACAAGAAAAAUGACAAGUAUGCGGCACUGUACUUUGAUCUGGUCACCACCAUCGACAAUGAGAAAAUCAAGCAGACGCUCAGUGAUGUUCUCAAGACUUAUUUCAAGUUGGUGGACGAUUUGGACCCUGAAGGCCAAAUUCAUGUCCACGAUAAACUCAAGACGUUGAUUGAUUAUCAAUUCAACCAGUUGACCAAGUUGCAACAAAUACACGCCGAUGAUUCUGGAACCAGCACGCCCAAGGCAGUGGUAUCUUCGACAAGUGCGUCGAAGAAAGCUCCUGCUCUGCUGAAGAAAAAGAUGAGAAAAUGGGUGGACGGAGAGAUGGUCGAAACCACUGACCACUCGGCGUUGGACUUUUCGACAGGAAAUAUCGACGACAGUUUCCAGGCCGACAGCGAGCUUUUGAAAGUCGACGUCAACGCUUUCAAGAAAGAAAAUGAUUUGGUACUUGUGAACGAGUUGAACGAUAUUAUAGGUACCAGCGAUGAUGAGGAUGAAGAUGAGACCGAUGAGGCUGGCACCAAGUCGGGAUUCUUAUCAAAGUUCACGUCGUACUUCGGAUCGUCCAUUAACAUCGAUGAGGUGUCCAAGCAGUUUCACGAGCAGUUAAUUAGCAAAAAUGUCGCUCCUCAGACCGCCAGACAGAUUCUUGAUAGAAUCAAGAACCAGUUGAAAGGCAAGUCUGUGACGCUCGCAAACUUCAAAAAGGCUCUUGUGGAUGAGUUGACCAAGACCUUAUCGCCUAAUGUGUCUACGGAUUUGCUCUACGAUAUAAAGGCCAAAGCCAAUAGAGGAAGACCAUAUGUGAUUUCGGUGGUGGGGGUAAACGGGGUGGGAAAGUCUACGAAUCUUGCCAAACUCGCGUAUUGGUUCCUCCAGAACGACCUCGACGUGUUGAUAUGUGCGUGUGACACGUUUCGUUCCGGAGCCGUGGAACAGUUGAAGGUGCAUGUGAACAACUUGAAGGCAUUGAAUGCCAACAUGAACUCGAACGCCAAAAUCGACAUAUUCGAAAAGGGUUACGGUGGAGGUGACCAUGUAGUAGCCACUGCCAAGGCUGCCAUCCAGUACGGGGCCACCGAGAAGUUCGACGUCAUUUUGAUCGAUACAGCUGGAAGAACUCACUCCAACGCCAAAUUGAUGGCACCUCUCAAAAAGUUUGGUGACGCUGCCAACCCCGAUAAAAUCAUAAUGGUGGGUGAGGCAUUGGUGGGCACCGACUCAGUGGAGCAGGCCACCAACUUCAACAAUGCUUUUGGCAACAAGAGAAACCUCGAUUUCUUCAUCAUCUCCAAGGUCGACACCGUAGGUGACCUUAUGGGAACCAUGAUCAAUAUGGUCAUGGCGACCAAUGUGCCCAUUCUCUUCAUGGGUACGGGACAAACCUAUACCGAUAUCAAGCGUUUGAACGUCAAAACCAUUGUCGAUAAUCUCAUGAGGUGACAUGUGUGUGUGUGCCCUGUUAUAGCCAUAUUUAGCAACAUCAAUAGAAAUCGCGACCAAAUCAA